AUGAGCUCAUAAGGAUGUAGUUUUAUUAACAUAUUUAGAAAAUACUAAAUUAUAUACAUUCUAAUCAAACAAUAGUUAAUCCUUCAUUAAUAAACCAAGAAUGGUCAAAUAUUAAGUUUUAAGAAAAUAAACUGGUUUAGGAUCAAGAAUCAUUAGAUAAUCAGACUCUAAUGUAGAGGAGUAAAUAAUUGAAACUUGUAAAUCACUUAUGCCAACACGACCAGAUACAUAAUAAUCAAAAUAAAAAAGUGGAACUUAAACUGUCUAAGAAAAACCUUAAACAAGAGAGAAAGUUGUAUCUCGACUUAGAACUCCAAAAUCAGAAAGUUUAUUAAGAAUUAAGAGUCAAGAAAAUUAAAUUGAAGACUUUUAGCCAAUCAAUUAAUAAUUCAACUAUGUAGAUGAUAUUCCUUUAGAUCAUCCUAUUUGGAAACUAAUUUUACCAGAUGUUUAAAAUGUUAACAUUCCAAAGCUUAUCAAUGAUAAUCCAGAUUAUUUCCAUCAUUAAUUAGGUAAAUCUAUUGAAUUAAAUUUAAUUACUAGGUUUUUGUGCUUGUUAUAAAUGUGAAUGUGGAUAAUGUAAAUGUAAUUUCUCUAAAACUUGUAAAUUGAAUUAUACAUCUUCUCCAAAUACUGUUUAUGGUAAGGAUUUCUUACAUAAACAAACUGGAUAUAAUUCUCUUAGACCAUUAAAUUAAACAUAUUACUCUACUCAAUUUUGUAAUUAAAAACCUAUUGAUCAACAAAGUUUACAUUAAGUAAUUUCAUAAUUUACAUUUAGACAUCAUAUAAACAAUUUAAAGUUCCUGUAUAAGAAAUGCUUAGACCAUAAUCUUAAGAACAUAAAGGAGAUUUUUUAGGUAAUAGUAGUUACAAAGUAAUGUUUUUAUAGUAAUAAUUAGACUUAAUUCAAAUUUUGGGGACCACCAGAAACUGCUCAUUUCAAAAGACCUGUUCAUUAAAGUGUAAGUGAUCAAAUACCUUUCACAGCUCAAUCUUUAUAUAAAGAUUCAUUUGCAAAUAAACCAUAUCAAAAGCCUAGUGAUUCUUUAAAAAUGAUAACAGAAUUGUAAUUUUAUUAUAUAUUUAUAUUUUAGAACUCCUUUACCUACAGGUUAACCUUUUGUUUCAUAAUCAUAAACAUAAUUAGCAUAUUAACCAUUUAGAAUAUAAAAAAACCCUAAAUUAAAUAGUGAUAAAAUCAUGGAUUAUGGAAGAAGUCCAAAAUAUGAUACUUAAUAUAAAAGUUUAGUGAAUACAGAAUAUACUCCAAAAAGAUAAAGAUAUUGUCCUGCAAAAGAAUACAUAGCUCAUUAUCAAUAAAGAACAUAAUAAAAAUUAAAAUAAUCAAAGUGA